GGGCCGUCAUCAUUCAUCCGUUCAAUCAUGAUAACAAAACCAUGAUCCCUCGUUGCCCCACUACCCGAUGAGAAUCCCUACCAUUCCCACGAGUAAAAAUCUGUCUUGACAGUUUUCCAGUAAUUUAAAAUAAUCAAAUUGAGUGUAGUGACUGUUGGAUUAUUAUGUCAUUGUCUCGAACCCCAAUGGAUUAUUAUAUAAGCAGGGCGUCGUUUGUAUCUCACAGGCGACAAUGCAGUUCUUCUUGCAGUAGUAUUUCCAGGACUUCAAAUGGGUCAUUGAGAAAACUCACGUCUUUGUAUUUUUCCUAUUGGGAAUCCCAUCUCAGUAGCAGGGGUGUUCCAAGAACUCUUCUGCCUCACUGGAUCAGAAAGACGAAAGUUAAAAACACGUUGAGCGAUCAAAGAUCAUUGGUAGUAUCUAAGAUGGCUGGAUAUGACGGGACAGAGAAGCGAUCCGGGAAAAUGAUUUUUGAGCCGAUUCUUGAGGAAGGAGUGUUCCGCUUUGAUUGUUCUGCGGAUGAUAGGAAUGCUGCAUUUCCAAGCAUUUCUUUUGAAAAUUCAGAAGUUAGGGACACACCAUUAGUGAAUGUCCAUAAAGUUCCAACCUACAUUCCGAGGUUUGAAUGUGCACUGGGACAACAAAUAGUUACUAUAGAGUUUCCACUAAAUACCUCAUUUUAUGGAACUGGAGAAGUCAGCGGGCAGCUCGAGCGAACAGGGAAGAGGAUAUUUACUUGGAAUACCGAUGCCUGGGGCUAUGGCGCUGGAACUACUUCCUUGUACCAAUCACACCCCUGGGUUCUAGCAGUUCUUCCAAAUGGAGAGGCAUUAGGAGUUCUUGCAGAUACAACUCGACGUUGUGAGAUUGAUCUGCGGAAAGGAGCAAAUGUAAAGCUCAGUUCUUCGUCACCCUAUCCGGUCAUCACAUUUGGCCCAUUUGCUUCACCAGUCGAUGUUCUUGCCUCUUUCUCAAGAGCAGUUGGAACUGUUUUUAUGCCACCAAAGUGGUCCUUGGGCUAUCAUCAGUGCCGUUGGAGCUAUGACUCUGAUGCACGAGUUCGUGAGAUUGUAAAGACAUUUAGGGAAAAAGGUAUACCUUGUGAUGUCAUAUGGAUGGACAUAGAUUACAUGGAUGGUUUCCGUUGUUUCACUUUUGACCAGGAGCGAUUUCCAGAUCCAAAGACUCUGGCAGAUGAUCUUCAUCAACAUGGUUUCAAAGCAAUCUGGAUGCUUGACCCAGGGAUAAAAAAGGAAGAGGGCUAUUUCGUGUAUGAUAGUGGUUCUAAAAGAGAUAUCUGGAUUCAAACUGCUGAUGGAAAACCUUUUGUUGGGGAUGUGUGGCCGGGCCCUUGUGUAUUUCCUGAUUUCACACAAUCAAGUGCUCGUUCAUGGUGGGCUAAUCUAGUUAAAGACUUUAUCUCUAAUGGUGUGGAUGGUAUAUGGAAUGAUAUGAAUGAACCAGCUGUCUUCAAGACUGUAACAAAGACGAUGCCUGAGAGCAAUAUUCAUAGAGGAGAUUCAGAACUUGGAGGCUGUCAGAACCAUUCUCACUAUCACAAUGUUUAUGGCAUGCUGAUGGCUAGAUCUACAUAUGAAGGCAUGAAACUAGCAAAUGAACAAAAACGACCAUUUGUUCUGACUCGAGCUGGAUUUGUGGGUAGUCAAAGGUAUGCUGCAACAUGGACAGGAGAUAAUCUUUCCACUUGGGAACACCUCCAUAUGAGUAUCUCCAUGGUUGUUCAAUUGGGGCUCAGUGGUCAGCCGCUCUCUGGACCAGAUAUUGGUGGUUUUGCUGGUAAUGCCACACCAAAGCUGUUUGGAAGAUGGAUGGGAGUGGGCUCAAUGUUUCCAUUUUGCCGUGGACAUUCUGAGACUGACACUAUUGAUCAUGAACCCUGGUCCUUCGGGGAAGAGUGUGAAGAAGUUUGCAGACUGGCAUUAAGGAGGCGAUAUCGGUUUUUGCCUCACAUAUAUACUCUCUUUUACAUGGCUCAUACAAGGGGUAUUCCAGUGGCAACUCCCACAUUUUUUGCUGAUCCUAAAAAUUUGGGGUUAAGAACGCAUGAAAAUUCAUUUCUCUUGGGACCACUUCUCGUAUAUGCAAGCACAGGACGAGAUCAGGAGUUAUAUCAAAUGGAGCACAAGUUGCCAAAAGGCGUCUGGUUCAGUUUUGACUUUGAAGACAGUCAUCCGGAUUUGCCUGCAUUAUAUCUUCAAGGUGGAUCCAUUAUUCCUGUGGCCCCACCUUAUCAACAUGUUGGUGAGGCUAAUCCUACGGACGAUGUGUUGCUGCUAGUGGCUCUAAAUGAAAAGGGUAAAGCUGAAGGUAUGCUCUUUGAAGAUGAUGGUGAUGGAUAUGAAUACACUAAAGGAGGGUAUCUCUUGACAACAUAUGUUGCUGAAAAGCAGUAUUCCGUGGUUACUGUGAAGGUUCUAAAAACAGAAGGAUCUUGGAAGAGGCCAGACCGUUGCUUACAUGUGCAACUACUGCUUGGCAAAGGUGCUAAGAUUGAUGCGUGGGGUGUUGAUGGAGAGGAUCUGCCAAUUCCAAUGCCUUCAGAAACUGAAGUGUCAGAUUUAGUGCUGGCCAGUGAAAAGCAACUCAAAACUCGUAUAGAAAAUGCAAAACCCAUUCCAGACUUGGACAACAUUCCUGGACACAAGGGAACAGAACUAUCAAGGACACCUGUUGAAGUAAAAAGUGGGGACUGGGCUCUCAAAGUUGUACCGUGGAUUGGUGGUAGAAUUAUUUCCAUGGAGCACCUUCCUACAGGAACUCAGUGGCUUCAUAGUCGAGUUGACGUUAAUGGCUAUGAAGAAUACAGCGGCGUGGAGUAUCGGUCUGCUGGAUGCUCGGAGGAGUAUUCUGUCAUUGGACGGGAUCUGGAGCAGGCAGGAGAAGUGGAGUCACUGCAAUUAGAAGGUGAUAUUGGAGGUGGUUUAGUCCUUGAACGCCAGAUAUAUAUCUCAAAAGACAAUCCAAAAAUUUUCCGGAUCGAUUCUGGCAUUGUAGCUCGCAAAGUUGGUGCUGGCUCUGGAGGAUUUUCAAGGCUCGUCUGUUUGCGGGUGCACCCAAUGUUCAAUUUGCUUCACCCUACUGAAUCAUACGUGUCGUUUACUGCCGUCGACGGGUCGAAACAUGAGGUUUGGCCGGAAUCCGGUGAAUGGGUUUUGGAAGGGGAUCUUCGCCCGAACGGUGAAUGGAAGCUUGUCGAUAAAUGUGUUGGUGUGGCGCUAGUAAACCGGUUCAAUAUCAGUCAGGUGUACAAAUGUCUGAUACAUUGGGGAACAGGUACCGUAAAUUUAGAGCUAUGGUCCGAAGACAGGCCGGUCUCCAAGGAAUCUCCCCUCGGAAUAUCUCAUGAGUACGAGGUAACAGGAAUACCAUAAACUUGUCUGACCAUGAGAUUACUGAAAAGUCGAAGCAACGAUCCAGCAUGAGUGUAAGUACCUUAACUUGAUACUAAAAAUUUCAUCACAAUAAAUUCAUCGAAGGCGACCUGAUCGUCAGUCAUUGGUUCGGUACUUGCUCUGUGAACAGUUAUGCAUCACCUGGAGAUGACAAUAGUGUGCAUGAAUGUCAUUACCAAUAAGCCAAUCGUUUGAAUUUUAUGGAUGUUGUCUGUUUUGUCAUUGUUCUAAGUCACAGUGUAAUCUAAAGAGAAGUUCCAGGUUACCCUGUUAGCCAGUUACCUAUCA